AUGGUUGCUCAUGCUGCAUUAGUACAUCUUAAGAACCUAUUGCAUGAGGAAGUACUACCUUUUCUGGCAGAAGUUCUUGCUGCUGAGAAGGGGAUGGUUGCAAAGUUUCUUGAGUUUAUCAAUGAUCUGAAUGAUGAAUUUGGGAGUUUAAAGGAUGUUUCCUCUUCUUAUCUCCCAAUCAUUAAGCAACGUCUCCAAAAGGUGGUUCGCCAAAGUCCUUGUGAGAAAAGUUACAUCGAUUACGUCAAGAAUGGUCGAUCAGAGAGCAUCAUGCAUGAUCUAGAUGGCAUCCAAUCUAUAUUGGAGGAAUUCAUAAAUGAAAUUGAUGGCGGUGCAGAACAAGUAGCCAUUUCCCUUUGCGAUACAGUAAUUGAUGAUUUGCUAUUAAAAAUAAAGUAUGUUGAUAACCAUGAAGUGGUUAAUCGCAUCAAAAUUGCUGCUGACAUGGCUGCUGAUGCUAUUGAAGAUUUCCUAGCAAACACUCCUUUCUUGUUGGGGACAAAUCACUUUUUCCAAGUUCAGAAUAUUUCUGAUUUGUUGAAUGACAUUGACCAAAUGCUGUCUCACCCAUCAGAGGAGGCAACUUCCAGUUCUGUGGUAUCUCCGAAGGACGAGGCAUUUUGCAGCCAGGAGAGGAAUAUGGAGAACCACAUGUUUGUAGACACUGCCCCACUGUUACCACAGGAAUUUCAGGAAAGACCAUUUUUGAGAGAGUUGGAUGAUGACUCAGCCAAAUUGCAGUCGAGUCAAGAUUUCCAGGUUGCAAACAUGCAUCCCACUCAUGUGGGUUGUGAAAAGGAAAAGGAAAAGGAUAUAGGACUUGUAGCUUUCCCAAUGAGUACCAGCAUCUCAGAAACUGCGUGA